AAACAACAUGUUAGUUUUUGAAAUUAAUGUGACCUUUAGCAAUGCGAGGGCAUGCUCCUGUUAGCUAGCUAACCUUAGCGACAACAGACAGGCCACUGACAGAUCCUCAUGAGGGAGGAAGGCAGAUACACAGCAGCAGGUAACACAAAGGUAGCUUGUGGGUUAGGAGAGAGUCUUCAGCUAUGAGUAACCCUUACGCACACAUCAUUGAGCCUCUGAACUCCCAGAAGCCUGAAUGCAAGUUUUUCAAUCUCAGAAAGCUUGGAGAUCCCCGAUAUGAACACCUACCUUUCUCCAUCCGUAUGCUGCUGGAGUCGGCGGUGAGGAACUGUGAUGAGUUUCUGGUAAAGAAGGAAGAUGUGGAGCGCAUACUCAACUGGAAGCAGACCCAGACCCAGACGGUGGAGGUGCCCUUCAGGCCUGCCCGCGUCAUCCUGCAGGACUUCACUGGGGUUCCUGCAGUGGUGGAUUUUGCUGCAAUGCGUGAUGCAGUAAAGAAGCUGGGUGGAGAUCCUGAGAAGAUCAACCCCGUGUGUCCUGCUGACCUAGUCAUUGACCAUUCUAUUCAGGUGGACUUCAACAGGAAGUCUGACAGUCUUCAGAAAAACCAAGAACUUGAAUUUGAAAGAAACAGGGAACGUUUUGAGUUUUUAAAGUGGGGUUCAAAAGCAUUCCAGAAUAUGCGCAUCAUUCCUCCAGGAUCGGGAAUAGUGCAUCAGGUGAACCUGGAAUAUCUAGCCCGGGUCGUCUUCCAGCAGGAUGGCUACUAUUACCCUGACAGCCUGGUGGGCACUGAUUCACACACAACCAUGAUCAAUGGCCUGGGUGUGCUGGGCUGGGGUGUGGGAGGUAUUGAAGCUGAGGCGGUUAUGUUGGGUCAGCCAAUCAGUAUGGUCCUCCCAGAGGUCGUUGGGUACAAACUCAAGGGCAUGCCAUCCAAGUACAUCACUUCCACUGAUAUUGUCCUAACUGUCACUAAGCAUUUGCGUCAGGUUGGUGUGGUAGGGAAGUUUGUGGAGUUCUUUGGGCCUGGUGUGGCUCAGCUUUCUAUUGCAGACCGUGCCACUAUUGCCAACAUGUGCCCAGAGUAUGGUGCUACGGCCGCCUUCUUCCCUGUGGACCACAUCAGUGUCCAGUAUCUCGAGCAGACAGGGCGAGAUGCUGAGAAGCUUAUUUACAUUACACAGUACCUGAAAGCAGUUGGCAUGUUUAGGGACUACAGCAAUCAGGCUCAGGAUCCAGAAUUUACAAAGGUUGUUGAACUUGAUCUCAGCACAGUUGACCCUUGCUGCAGUGGUCCGAAGAGGCCACAGGACAAAGUGGCCAUAUCGGAAAUGAAGCAGGACUUUGAGACUUGUUUAGGAGCCAAGCAAGGUUUUAAGGGGUUUCAGGUGCCUCCCGAAUGCCAUAAUGUCAGCGUACCGUUCCAGUAUAACGGGGUGGACUACUCCCUCUCUCAUGGCUCUGUGGUUAUUGCUGCCAUCACCAGCUGCACAAACACCAGCAACCCUUCUGUCAUGCUGGGUGCAGGUCUCCUGGCAAAGAAGGCCAUCCAGUGUGGCUUAAGUGUGAAGCCUUACAUUAAGACGAGCCUGUCUCCUGGUAGUGGAGUGGUCACGUAUUAUCUGAAGGAAAGUGGUGUAAUGGAGUACCUCGUAGAAUUAGGUUUUGAGGUGGUUGGUUAUGGCUGCAUGACCUGCAUAGGAAACAGUGGCCCUCUUCCAGAGCCAGUUGUAGAGGCCAUCACUCAGGGAGAUCUGGUAGCAGCAGGUGUACUGUCUGGCAACAGGAACUUCGAAGGUCGUGUACACCCCAACACACGUGCCAACUACUUAGCUUCUCCUCUUCUGGUCAUUGCUUAUGCAAUUGCAGGAACAAUAAGGAUUGAUUUUGAAAAGGAGCCCAUUGCGGUGAACACAGAGGGGAAGAAGAUUUUUCUAAGGGACAUUUGGCCAACGCGAGAGGAGAUCCAGGCUGUGGAAAGGAAGUUUGUUAUCCCUGCCAUGUUCAAAGAGGUGUAUGAGAAAGUGGAGAAUGUAAAUGAGCGCUGGAACUCUCUGAAUGCUCCCUCUGACAACCUCUACACCUGGGACCCUAAGUCCACCUACAUCAAGUCUCCACCUUUCUUUGAUGGACUGACUAAAGAGCUUCCAAAGCCCAAGUCUAUUGUAGAUGCAUAUGUGCUUCUCAAUUUGGGGGAUUCAGUGACCACGGACCACAUCUCUCCGGCCGGAAACAUUGCUCGUAGCAGUCCUGCUGCUCGCUACCUGACCAGUCGUGGAUUAACACCUCGAGAGUUUAACUCAUAUGGCUCUCGGCGUGGAAACGAUGCUGUCAUGGCUCGGGGAACGUUCGCAAACAUUCGCCUUUUCAACAAAUUCCUGAACAAACAGGCACCUUGCACCAUCUACCUGCCUACAGGGGACACGCUGGAUGUGUAUGAUGCUGCAGAGAAGUACCAGGAGGCAGGUUACGCACUGCUGGUGCUGGCUGGGAAGGAGUAUGGUUCAGGCAGCUCCAGAGACUGGGCUGCCAAAGGACCGUUCCUGCUGAGUAUCAAAGCUGUACUGGCAGAGAGCUACGAGCGCAUCCACCGCAGUAACCUGGUGGGUAUGGGGAUCAUUCCUCUGGAGUAUCUGCCUGGAGAAACGGCUGAAAGCCUGGGGCUCACUGGCCGAGAGCGCUACACUGUGGUCAUCCCUGAAGAGCUCACACCCAGAAUGAUUGUUGACAUUAAGUUGGACAAUGGAAAGACGUUCCAGGCUAGGAUGCGGUUCGACACUGAUGUGGAGCUUACCUACUUCCACCACGGCGGCAUCCUGAAUUACAUGAUCCGCAAGAUGACAGAAAAGUAGAGGUUGUCUCCUCUCCCUCCAGUGCAGCUGACAGUGCACAAGCAUAGUCAUUUUUUUCAUCUGUCUCUUGUUUUGGAUGUGCAAACCUUUACACUUUGGCCUUGUUUAGGAAUAAGUCAUUUUUUGUGAAUCAGAAAUGAAUUUAAAUGUUUGUUUAUAAAUUAACAUGUCUGUACUGCAUAUACAACACAUCAGCUUGGAAUACACUAUAUGAAAGUAUUAGAGGUUGGUAUUUAAAGUUGGCAGUCGUAGUUGUUAUCACUGUAUCUGUGAAGGUCAAAUGACAUCUGGCUAACAGAGUACUUUUCUCAUCACUGCUUAUGGUCCCUAAUCCUUAAUAAGACUUUAAUAAUGUUCUAGCUCCUCAUGAAGAUCAUAAGAGGCAAAUCAGAGAUGGAGAGAAUUUGAUUUAAUAACUACAGGCACUGGCUGCAGGUGUGUGCAGAUCCACCAGUGGUCCGGUUUCUAGUCCUACCUCAGUAUUGCCAAACAAUAACCUUCACUGUGUCUCUCACAGUCAUCGCAUUAAUUUAAAAUUACGAUUUGACAGUAGCUGUAAUAUUAUUUUUACAAGGAAAAUAUUAUCUAUCACGAAGACACUAAACAAACAUAACUCACUGUGUCCUUAUGGUAAAAAAAUUUUUCUUGCUAUGUAAAAUCUUUGUCUAUUCAAACUAACCGAAAUGAUAAUGCUGUGAUACUCACCAGCUUUGAUCUUUACAUUCUGUGGCCCAUCUUUGCCUUCCAGCCUUCUCAGCUAUCAACUAAUACAACACAACAAAAAGGCAACUAGUGUUUGUGACUAAUUUACUGGUGACUAAAAUGCUGAAGUUUACUGUUGAUGAGAAAUCUAUCCAUAUAAUUUUGUAUAAAUCAUUAUAUUUCAGUGUAUUGAUCAUAUUUGUAUGCUAACCAAAUGAUCUAACAGUGUGUGAGAUUCCUGUAAGUGCCUAUAGUACACUGUGAUGCUUAUGUAAGUCUGUUUAAUGAAGCUUGGUCAUCAUUCCAAACCAGAUGUAUGUGUGUACUUUUUUUUUUGCUUUGUUGGUGAUGAAACAGUUGUGUGAGCCAUACAGUAGCCAUGCACUUUACUGUAGUUAAUUUAAAGCAUUCUGUUUUAGAGAAACAUGGAAUCUAGAGGAUAUGACUGAAAACGCUCUACAUAAUACAGCUUUAAUGUAUACCUCUUCAUGGUUCCUAAAUUCCUCUGGAAGCUACCGGUCAUAUAAAUUUUUAAUAUCACAAUAAAGAUGAGGAUGUACAAUAGAUGCUGCACUGAGGAGUUUAACAGGUGUUUACCAUUUCAAAAGGAAUUUUAUAUUCAAGAAAUAAUUAUGGAUAGAAACAGCAAUACAGUUUCACUUAUCUUGACUGUUCUGAUGUCAUGCCCCUCAGUGUCUCACGAUCAUGAUCUACUCAAAUAAAAAUCUUUCUUUUUUCA